AUGCUGGCGACCACAGAGGACUCACAUCUCUCCAACCUGUGGCAUCGAAAGGAGGGUGCCAAGACUUUUUAUACCCGAAAAACCACCUUGGGAGUGGGGGUGAAACACACCUACCUGGUCACGUAUGGCUGUGCACUGAGCCUGUGCCCGUCCUUUGGCAAAGGAGGGUUUGACCCCUUACCACCAAAGGAAGUAAGGUACACCUCCUCGGUCAAGUCCAACUCACAGCAGCACAGCACUGACAGCGUGCAGCUGCCCCUGGGCCUGGCCAUGACCUCCUGCAGCCAGACGGUCACCUACAUCUCCAGCUGCACGUGGCGCAACUAUAAGGCUGAGGGGCACUUCGAGCUGUGCCACAAAGCCACGCACUUCCUCAGCACCACCAUCGUCUACUCCAAGUACCCCAAGACCGUCUACACCACCACCCUGGAUUACAGCUGCCAUAAGAUGCUGAGGAAGUUUCUGUCCAGCCUGGAGCUCAGAGCUCGGAUGAAUGCUCACUCAGCAGGCUGGGCUGGGGUUGAACCUGCUCCUCCCCUGUGCUGCCCCCAGCUACCCGGGCCAACCUGGGCAACCUUGCUCUUCAUGUCAUUCCAGCCCCAGAGGGGUCUAACCUACAGAUGCCUCCAAGCCCAGCUAGGGGAAGAAAAAAAAACACUGCUUCUCAUAAUUAUUGAGGUCUUCAUGUUUUAA